AUGGAGAGUCCGCAUGAACAUCAGCAGAAUCUGCUGCUUUCCCGCAUCAUCACGAACGUGGAGAAACUAAACGAAUCGAUUGUGGUGAUGAACAAGGCACUACAGGAGAUCAACAUUCAAAACAUGAACAUCGAGUUGGUUGCCCAAAUGUUCAAGAACUACCAGUCCAAUGUUCUUUUUCAUCUUGAGGCCACGGACAGUUUGAAGGAUCCGUCAUAA